GGCAAUACCAGGGUGGAGGAAGCCUGUGAAAUGUACACCAGGGCUGCCAACAUGUUCAAGAUCGCGAAAAACUGGAGUGCUGCAGGAAAUGCGUUUUGCCAGGCGGCCAAGCUGCACAUGCAGCUGCAGAGCAAACACGACUCGGCCACCAGCUUCGUGGACGCUGGGAACGCCUACAAAAAAGCUGACCCGCAAGAGGCCAUCAACUGCUUAAAUGCAGCUAUCGAUAUCUACACCGACAUGGGGCGAUUCACCAUCGCUGCCAAGCACCACAUCACCAUCGCGGAGAUCUACGAGGCUGAGCUGGUAGACAUCGAGAAGGCGAUUGCGCACUACGAGCAGGCUGCAGACUAUUACAAAGGAGAGGAGUCUAACAGCUCAGCCAACAAGUGUCUGCUGAAGGUGGCUGCCUACGCCGCACAGCUGGAGCAGUACCAGAAGGCGAUAGAAAUCUACGAGCAGGUCGGAACAAACACGAUGGAUAAUCCUUUGCUCAAGUAUAGUGCGAAAGAGUAUUUCUUCAAAGCUGCUCUGUGCCACUUCAUCGUGGACGAGCUGAACGCGAAGCUUGCACUUGAGAAAUACGAAGAAAUGUUCCCAGCGUUCACAGAUUCACGGGAGUGCAAGCUAUUGAAAAAACUGCUGGAAGCCCACGAGGAGCAGAACUGCGAGGCAUACACCGAGGCAGUUAAAGAAUUUGAUUCAAUAUCCCGGUUGGAUCAAUGGCUUACAACCAUGUUGCUUCGCAUCAAAAAGUCAAUCCAAGGAGAAGGGGACGGGGACCUGAAGUGAAUCAUGUGUGGUGUUUGUGGCAUGCAGCCUAAGUAAUCUGUUCUUGUGUUACAGCCAAGGACCACUAUGGGAUACGUGAUAAAAUAUCUAGCUUUAUUUUGUUGCUUACAAAUCCAAUGACUUGUGUGUUUCUUUAGCAUCCUGCUCUUUGUCGUGACAACAUGGGUAGAUGAGAAGCGAUGCUCUGGGUAUCACUGGCAGAAAGAAGCACUUGGGGAGCAAUCCUGUCUUGGUUUUGUUAGCUGAUGAACCCAAAGUCUGCACUUGCAAGUACUGUUUUUUACCGCUGUUCUGUCUUAGGGGUCAGCACCAUCUAUUCCAGCAUGUAAAUAUUUGGUCUGUGCCAGUACGGUACAAAGAAUCGCUUCUGGUCUGUUGCUGUAUCGUUACUGUUUUCUGUUUCUAAAUGGAUCUGUCAGACACACUUGGAUCUUGUUUUUUUUUUUUUUAAAUUAUUGAGUUUUUUUAAUGGUGCUAGUGAAAGGCUUUGUGACUCUUUCAUACCAUAUGCAUGUGUGUGUAUGCACCUGAUACAGAUACAUGUGUGCAUGUGUAGACACAGAAUAGAUCAUGACCGAGUGCUGGAAGCGUCACAGACUAGGGGACAGGACUGC